CCCACAGGGCACAGGAUGGAGACCUGCCUGAAAGUCCUGCUGAUCCUCGGGGUGGUCACAGCAGCCCCCGUGCCAUCAUUGUCCCCUCUGCCAACCCACAAGGAUGCGGUUUUAGCUGCAGUUCAGAUCUACAACCAAGAGCCGGGCACAACACUGGCCUAUCGGCUCCUGGAAGCUGAGCCGCAGCCAGACUGGAUCAUGUCUUCUAAAACUAUCCAACCACUGAGAUUUACUGUGAAAGAGACAGUGUGCUUGGUAUCAGAGAAACGUGACAUCAACCAGUGUGAAUUCAAAGAAGAUGGGCUGGUCAAAGACUGCUCUGGAUUCUUCUCCACUGAACAGGAACCUGCUUCCGUCAUUAUCAAAUGCGAGGAGGCAUCUGAGGAGGUGAAAAGAGAUCCACUCUCACUGAAUCCCACAGGGUACAGGAUGGAGACCUGCCUGAAAGUCCUGCUGAUCCUCGGGGUGGUCACAGCAGCCCCUGCGCCAUCAUCGUCCCCUCUGCCAACCCACGAGGAUGCGGUUUUAGCUGCAGUUCAGAUCUACAACCAAGAGCCAGAUAUAACACUUGCUUAUCGGCUCCUGGAAGCUGAGCCACAGCCAGACUGGGAUGUGUCUUCAAAAACUAUCCAACCGCUGACAUUCACUGUUCAAGAGACAGUGUGCCCAGUAAAAGAGAAACGCGACAUCAGCCAGUGUGAAUUCAAAGAAGAUGGGCUGGUCAAAGACUGCUCUGGAUUCUUCUCCACUGAACAGGACCCCGCUUCCGUCAUUAUCAAAUGCGAGGAGGCGUCUGAGGAGCCUAAUAUCAUCACACGGGGCCGCUGGAGUAGAUUCAGGAAAAGAGCUGGCAGGUUUCUUCGUCGACAUAAAGGGAAAAUCAUUCGUGCUGGUAUAGGUAUCGCCCUUGGCUAAGAAGAUCCAGAAAGAGAGGAGAUGAAAGCGAGCCGAUGCUGCCAGACCCAGACGUGGCUCCGUUUCUUCUCCACUGGAAGCACCAUUGGAAGCAAGGCUCAUAACAAUCUCAACAGCUUCAGAGUAUCUGCUUCUAUCCACCGCUUAGCAGCUGUUGCAGUGCUGCUCACCAGGGCUGCUGUGCGUAAUAAAUUGGCAUUCUGCAAACC